AUUUGGUGCUACAAACAAAUCUCUUUCUCCACACUCUCACUACUUCACCAUUUCAUCAAACAUUUUCACAAACCAAAACAAUCACAAAGAAAAAAACUAAACAGAUCGAGAAAAAUGUCUUGGGGAGGACCAGAAGUAGACAGAGGAGAAGUAAAAAUAGAUCCCACUCCCACUCCCACCAACAAAGCUGUUGAUAAUAAUGGUGAUCAAUCUUGGAGGAAAACUGCUGACACUCAUAAAAUGACUCCCGAGCAUGUAAAAGCUGCGGGAGUCGAAGCGUCGCAACGCCCACCGGGGCACGGACGUGGCCCCGGUGAGGUGUUGCACCAACGACGUCGGCUGCCGUUCAGUUAUACCACUAUGACUAUAGCAGGUUUUGCUAUUACUGCUAUUAUUGGGUAUGGUGUGUUGUACUCUAAGAAAAAGGCUGAGGUUGAUGCUGUGGAUGUUGCUAGGGUUGCCACCAACACAGCUCGCCCUGAGAACACCGAGAAUCGGCCUAGGAAAUAGGGAGUUAAGAGUUAACUAGUUAUUGUUUUUUUUAGCAUGCAUGCAUGCAAAGCAUUAUUUUUCACUCUUGGGUAUAUGUUUUGUAUGUUUUUUUUGUUUGAUUGCCCACCUACAUCUGAGUCCGAUUCGGGUCGCACACCUGACUUUGGUGAGUGAGUCUCCCAACAAGAGUUUUUGUAUAUGGUGAGGUUCGACUCGAGACCUUUCUUUAAGUCACAUCAAGCUACUUACAACUUGAGUUAACUUUUAUUGGUGUAUAUGUUUUGUAUGUGAAACAUGUUGUAGUCACUUGGAUUUGGAUUUCAUCACGACUUUAAUUUUCCUA